CAGUAGCUGAACAGAACAGACGAAUAAUCUGUGAAUCUAGAUGCGCCUCUAGCGAAAUAUUGAAGGAAGGAAGGGAAGGAAUCUAUGAAUCUUUUUUAAAGAAUACUUUGAAACUAUUUUCAAGAAAUAUUUAGGAAUAGAGAUUGAAAAUAAUUUAAAAAAAAUAAAGAAUAGUGUGUUGAUAUAGAAAUGAUAGAAAAAGAGGAUGGUGUGCCAAAUAGCUAUAUCUUAAAAUAAAUAUCUUCGAAGAAAGCUAAAGACACUGUGACGGAGUCAAAAAUAAGAAGAAAAAAAGGACAUACUUUGGAAAAGAGAAUUUAUGUUUAGAAAAUAGAGCAAGAAAAAAUCAAACUAAAGAAGAGAUAUUAUAAGCCGCAUAACUAAAAAUAUUCUUAAGGAAGACUAAAGUCUUAGUGAAAUACGAAAAAUAGAAGAAAAAAAAUAAUGAAGAUGUUAUUUUGUAAUAUUUUCUAAAAAAUUACUAAAGUGCCAUUUAGUAACAUGAUAAUUUACUUUUAUCUCAACUUGCAAAAUAGCAUUGGUGUCCCAAUUAGUGGCCAAGUAAUCUCAUCAUGAAAAUAAAAAGAAAUAUAUAAAUUUAUUAAUAAAAAAUAAAAUAUAUUAUUUUAGUGCUUUCCAUUUUUUUAAUGGAAAAAUCAAUGAUGAACUGUCCACUGCUUGUUUCAAAUUUCCAUACUCCAAGAAUUAUAUGGAGCCAAUCAGACCUUACCAUUGUAGUUCGUAUUCUUUUAAUUGAUGUUCAUCAUUAUUAUCUUCGAGUCGAGAGUGAUUAUUUACUUUUUAGUACAACAGUAAAUGAUAAAAAUUAUUAUCUUACUUUGCAUUUGUUUGGACCAGUAAUAGCAGAAAAAACAGUACACAAUAAUUUUGGGAGAGAAAUUAAGAUCAGUCUCACAAAGGGACUCAAAUGGUUUCAAUGGUUAAGACUGAUUUCAUCUAAAGAAAAGGAUCCACUUAUAACAUAUGACUUAAAUUAUAUAUGUGAAAAAAAAUAUAUUAAGAAAAAUUUUUUUAUUAAAGGAUCUGUUAAUAACAUUAAGCAGCAAUAUGAUAAGAUGUAUAUAAGACCGCCUACAGAUGAUGAAUCUGAAUCUGAAUCUGACGAGGAAUUGGACUUUCUAAAAUAUGCCUAACAAUAUAUCCUUUUUUUAUUGUGUUUUUUAGCAUAAGAUAUUAUUUAAUUAUAACAAACAUGCUUUUAUCUCAUUUGAGAUAUAUAAAAAACAUGAUUAUGUGCAUAACUAAUAUAACAGCUGUAAUAUAGUAAUUUUUUACAUACACACAUGCAAGAUACAUACAAUAUAACAUAUUUCUUGUAGGAAACUCCAAAAUAGUAUAACUUUAUGUAUUAAGAAUUAUUAUAUUAGUUCGUAUGUUAUAAUAUAUGUAGGAUGACCCAGACUUUCCUCUGUAAUUUUUGUGGAAACAUAGAACAGAUUGAGAUGAACAUAAAAGUAUUAUUAUGCGAUAUUCGCAAUAAUAGUCGAGAUAUUAAUUAAAGAAGAUUGAUGAAUAAUGACGUGUGAUAUAGGAUGAGCUAUAGAGUAGCUAGAGUGGCGCCGUCUUGUAUGUAAGAUUGAUUUCGCGAAACGGUAUGGAAUUUUUAUGUUGAUCUCAAUCUCUGUUCUACGUUUCCACAAAAAUUGCGGAGGAGAAUCUGAAACACCCUAUACAUUCAUGGGAUCAGUUUAAUUUAGACUUUUAUUUCAUAAGUUUUAAUAAGACUAAUCUAAUUUAUAAGCCCCGUGUUGGUUUUAAGUUUGUUAAUGAUCUCUUACAACUAAUCGAAUCUAAUACAACAGAAUCGAAUUUAAUAUUUCAAUACAUCUAUCAAAAUAUA